AUGUCUGCUCCGCCACCGUCAUCGUCGGCGAGGCCUGAAUCCAAGUCCUUAUCCAUCUCACUCUCCUCCAAAAAGCCCACCACGCAGCGACCAGGCUCGUCCAUCGCGCUUCCACGGCGCCCCCCUUCUCAAUCCAGCACGCCCCGUCCGCGUUUUCUCGACCAUGACUCCGAUGCUUCAGACGCGGAGAACACCGAAGCUAAAGCAGAAGAAGUCACGGGGUUUGAUCAAUCCGCGGGUGGCGCGAUAAGCAGACAUGCGCGCGAGAAAGAGAAGCAGCCGUUGGUGAUCAAGGUUGAUAAGAAGAACGGGUGGCGGGAAAGGUUGCUGAGUUCGACAAGGGCGAGAGGGAGGAGCUGGCUACCCGAGGAAGUGAGAGCGCAAAGGGAGGCGGAGGCGCGGGGUGGGGCGGAGGAUGCGGCGGUCGAGGAAGAAGCUUUCCUGGAGAUUGAUACGGAGAAGGAAGAAGAAGGACAUGUCUCAGGACGAAGUGGCGCUGCGUGCCUUGAUCAACGAAAGCAAGGCGAGGACGGAACCGGAAAUCCGAUUCUGGUCAUUCAAUCGAAAGCGGACCUGAUGAUGUACCCCCGCGUAUGA